GCCGGAGGCUGGAGACUUGGGGGAUGGGGGGGCGCUCCCGGCUUGCUGUCAGCUGCACCCACACUCGAUCACGCCGCGGCCGGUGGAGCCCGGGACUCGGGCCGCGGCUGCCCCGGUAAUGCUUUCAGUCGGCACCAACAUGGCUGCGGCUCUGCGCGCCACGGGCGCCCUGCUCCGGGAUCGGCUGGUAUACGGGAGUGUCAGGGCCUGCCAGCCAUGGAUGUGCCAGUUGGGCGCAGCAGCUGCCACCGCCGCCACAGGAGCAGCCCUGCAUGCCAAGAGCGCCAGUCCUCAAGUUCUGCCGGAGCAGAGGAAGCCAAAAACCGGAAUAUUAAUGCUGAAUAUGGGAGGUCCUGAAACCCUUGGAGAAGUUCACGACUUCCUUCUGAGGCUCUUCUUGGACCGAGACCUCAUGACGCUUCCUAUUCAAAAUAAGCUGGCCCCAUUCAUCGCCAAACGCCGAGCCCCCAAAAUUCAGGAGCAGUACCGUAGGAUUGGAGGCGGGUCCCCCAUCAAGAUGUGGACUUCCAAGCAGGGAGAAGGCAUGGUGAAGCUGCUGGACGAGCUGUCCCCCGACACAGCCCCUCACAAAUACUACAUUGGAUUUCGGUAUGUCCAUCCUUUAACAGAAGAAGCAAUUGAAGAGAUGGAGAGAGACGGCUUAGAAAGGGCUAUUGCUUUCACGCAGUACCCACAGUACAGCUGCUCCACCACAGGCAGCAGCUUAAAUGCCAUUUACAGAUACUAUAAUGAAGUGGGGCGGAAGCCCAGGAUGAAGUGGAGCACCAUUGACAGGUGGCCCACACAUCGCCUCCUCAUCCAGUGCUUCGUAGACCACAUUCUGAAAGAACUGGACCAUUUCCCACUUGAGAAGAGAAGCGAGGUGGUCAUUCUGUUUUCCGCUCACUCAUUGCCAAUGUCUGUGGUCAACAGAGGGGACCCCUAUCCUCAGGAAGUAGGCGCCACUGUCCAAAAAGUCAUGGAAAGGCUGGGCUACUGCAACCCCUACCGACUGGUUUGGCAAUCCAAGGUGGGUCCGAUGCCCUGGUUGGGUCCGCAAACAGACAAAUCUAUCAAAGGGCUUUGUGAGAGAGGGCGGAAGAACAUCCUUUUGGUUCCAAUAGCGUUUACCAGUGAUCACAUUGAAACGCUGUAUGAGCUGGACAUCGAGUACUCUCAAGUGUUAGCCAAUGAGUGUGGAGUUGAAAACAUCAGAAGAGCAGAGUCUCUUAAUGGAAAUCCAUUGUUCUCUAAGGCCCUGGCCGACUUGGUGCACUCGCACAUCCAGUCCAACGAGCUGUGCUCCAAGCAGUUGACUCUGAGCUGUCCGCUCUGUGAAAAUCCUGUCUGCAGGGAGACUAAAUCCUUCUUCACCAACCAGCAGCUGUGACUCCUGCCCAAGGACCUCGUGGGAUUAGGCAAAUGUGCCAACCUCCAGAUAUCUCUGCUGUGGAGAAGGACGUUAUUUAGAGAUCAAGGACAGAAGUCACAUCAUUAUAUAUGCAACCUUGGGGCACUAAUUGUGUGAUUUCUUGAGGAUUGGACUUUGAAGUCCUUAUUGAGGGAUUCCUGUUUUUAUGUAUCUCUACAGUAAGCAUUUAUAGUCCCCCUCUCUGGGUAAAGUUACUAGUUGGUAGUGUCCAUUAGGACAUCAGAACUGAGUUUAAAAGAGAUGCGCAUUUAUUUUAAAUGCAGAUUUUGGUUUUAUUGCUCCCAAGCCCCCCUGAAAGGGUAUGUAGAGUGCCCCCGCUGUGGGCUGUCAGUGUGAAUAAGAUCCGUUUACAGCUUUGUGCCUAUAGUUACAGUUUUUUAAUGAACAAAGUUGAAUAUUUGAAAUGAAUUUGAAAAAAGAAAUGUUACCUGAUCUUUUCCUGAGCCCAUGGCUAGAGGUGUUUGGUUAUACACAGUGGCUUCUUUGGCCACGGAGGCCUUGUUCAUUGUUCAUUUUGGUAUUUGCAUGUGAGUCUCACUUUGCCCUCCAUAAAACCAAAUCAAGCACAGAUUUCAGAAGUGCUCUGAGCUUCCCCAGGCAUGCAAGGCUAAUAAACGUCUAGAAAUCCAGCAUUCACACACAAUCCAUGCCUUGGUGAGAGUCCCCAGUGCCACAGCCACAGGGUCUCUGCUGCUUCCUGUCUUCAUGGACAGCACUGCCAGGAAACACCAGCCAUGGGCUUCUCCUCCCCUCCCCUCCCCUGGCCCUCAUGGGCCUUUCCUUCCACCGUCUUCUGUAUCUUAGUUCAGUGUCUCUUUUCUGCACAUUUGUUUUAGGAAUUAUUUUAUAAGGACAGUUAUACUUUGUUACCUUGAGCUUUUUGUUAAUUUACAAGUUUUUUACUAUAAAAAUUAUAUUUAGCCAUAUAAUAGAACAUUUGAAAAACACAGAAAAGAAAAACAACCACUCUAAUACAAUAACUAUCAUUAAUUAUUGUAUUUCAUGCAAGUCUUCUACUGUGGAUAUUUUUAAUGCCAUUGUGACCUUGAACUUGUAUGUAAAAAGUUGUUCUAAAAAUGUGGAAAUAAUAUCAGAUCAGAAUCUGACCUAUAUUUGGCUUUAAAUAGAUUAAAAAGAUCUCUGAUGGAGAUCUCUUUUCUCCAAGCUCUAAAACUUUGUUCUUCAAAAGAGCAUUUCUUUGAUUUUUUUUUUUUUUUUUGAAAGCCAGUUGAUAAACUAGAAGUAUUCAGGGAUUCCUAGACUUUCUAUAUUCAGAUUUUGCUAUGUUAGCAAAUAUCAGGACAACAUUGAGGUUGCAACCAGUGUGAUUCAUGCUGUCUGCUAAAUCUAAACCAAAGUUAAUCAAAAUUAUUAAGUCUGAGCAGCUGACUUUGUAAUACAGGAAAAGAAACAUGCCAUUCCCUUUAGUUAAUAAUGUAACUACACUGAUGGUGGCCCUCAAACUUGAGUAGCAUCUACAAGUUUUAAAUUUCAAAUUGGCUUUUCUUUCAGUAGGUUGUGUUUCUAGAGAAGGAUAGAAAGCAUAGGUGGUUACUGAGAAUUUUCUUCUAUACUUUUCCAUCCCUCUCGGGGAUUAGGUUCAAAGUAGACUUUGGGUGACUGUCCUUUGGGGAGGCGACUCCUCUGGGUUAAUGGUAUGGUGCUAGCAAACAGGUAUUUUUGGAGCCAUCUCCCUCCUUAAAAGAAACUUGCCGAGGGUCUGCUUCACUUCCUCCACAGCUUUAUUUUUUUAUUUUAUUUUUUUUUAGAGACAGAGUUUGUCGCCCUCUGUAAAGUGCUAUGGCGUCAUAGCUCACAGCAACCUCCAACUCCUGGGCCUAGGCGAUUCUCUUGCCUCAGCCUCCAGAAUAGCUGGGACUACAGGUUCCUGCCAGAACCCCCAGCUACUUUUUUGUUGCAGUUUGGCCAGGGCUGGGAUCGAACCCACCACCCUCAGCAUAUGGGGUGGGUGCCUUACCCACUGAGCCACAGGCGCCAUCCCACCCUCCACAGCUUUAGAGGUGAAAAUAUAUUAUUAUGAAGAUGUUGCCGAAAAACUCCAAUUCAGGAGCCUUUGUGAGAGUAUCUGAAGCCUCUUAUUCACUAAGGAAACUUCGGGAUUAGCAGUGACUGGGCUGUCUGGAAAUGUUUUCCUGACAGAGAGCUGGGACCAGACCAGCCUUUGUAGUGAGGGGCAAAGGGAGAUUUGCUGGGGUCUCUUCCAUGGCAGGAGUUGCUCUAGGGAGUGUUGCCUUUGACUGCUACUGACUGUGGAUGGGUAAGGGUCAUGCACAAGGGUAGCAUUGGGUAGGACAAAAUCUUUUUAGAGCUUUGAGAAUUUCUGUCCUAUUUGUCAACCUUGACUUAUAAAUGUUUGCCUGGGUAAUUAGCAAUGAACUGCUGGCAGUUUCUUUAAGCUAUGCUUAUGUGCAGACCUGGCUUUUUAAUUUUUCUUUUUUCUUUUUUUUUUUUUUUUGAGACAGUCUUCCUCUGUCAUUCUGGGGAGAGUGCCGUGGAAUCAUCCUAGCUCAUAGCAACCUCAACUUCCUGGGCUCAAAUGAACCUCCUGCCUCAGCCUCCUGAGUAGCUGGGACAACAGGCGCCCUCUACAACACUCAGCUAGUUUUUUAUAUUUUUAGUAGAGACAGGGUGUCGCUCUUCCUGGGGCUGGUCUCGAACUCCUGAGCUCCAGGGAUCCUCCCAGCUGGGCCUCCCAGAGUGCUAAGAUUACCAAUGAGCCACCCGGCCUGGCCCAGACCUGGCUUUUAACUGGGGAAUCAAGUUCAACAUAAACUGUCAGGGCAGUGUCGAUGGGGCAUUCACCUUGCCAGGGUGACUAUAGGUUCUGGGUCGCUGUACGGUCAGUUAUCUAAAGAAUAUACAUUCAUCAGCUUUUAAAAAUUAAAUGAAAUUUUUCCACUGAAAAGAAAAUUUGCUUCCUAUUGGGAGAAGUGAAGUCAUUGUUAAAAGUCUUUUAAAUGUGUGCCAGUGACAUGUGGUGCUGACCAAACAGUAAAAAUCCAGGUAUUUCCCUGGUAAUACCUCCCAGUACAGGUUCUUGCCUGGGUAAUCCCGUGAAUAGAAUACAAUGUUUCCCUAGGAUUCCAUCCCAUUUUUUUAAUAGCUGAAAUUAGUUAGACAUGAUGAUUAUGUAGAUAGGAAGAAAAACUUUUCUGCUCCCAGUUGCUCUAUCCACGCCUUUCAGAAGACAUACGAUAUCAACAAUCCUGCAGUAAUAUUAGGUCACUUGUGUCUGUGGCUGAUCUUAAAAAAUAGAUCUUAUUUUUUUCUCUUGAUUUCUUUUUUUGGGAAGAGGAUCAGGCUACAGCCACAUCUUGAGUGGGACCUGCCCCUGCACAGCAUUUCCUUACUCCCCGGUUCUUCCUCUCUGGGGGUAGAUGGUGCACAGCUGCAGCCGGGGUAGGGGGGAGGCAGAACAUAACACUGACAGCCGUGAAGAGUAACAUUUGUGUGGGUGCAAGCCAGGAGCUUGUCUCUAGUACCUGCGUCUCUAGCCUCUUCCCCUAGUCUGAAAGACAGAAGCGGUCAGAAUCACGAGGAUGACACAGGAUCGUGUUUUCCAGCAUCAGGUAGAAAUGGGAAAUUAAGGAAAUUGAGUUCACGCUGAAACCGGUACCCUAAAUUAAGAUUAUUCAGUGUCUCAGCUGUUAAUAGCAAGAUGGGGAUUCCUCAAAGGAAGACAAAAGCUAAUUGUUUCUUUUAUUAUUUCUAAAAAUUACAAAAUUAAAAACAUUUAAUUCAGGUCAUGCGCCAGAAAGGCUUUGCAAAUAUUGUUCACAGGAGUUUUGUUCUAAUGGCCUAAUAAUUGAGACUUCUUUGUAGCACGCUCCUACAGUGACUUCUCACGGUCCAGGUGGCUUUCUGUGACAUGCAAAUUUCAUUUUAUAGAAACUAGCGUUAUAUGGUUUCAGGGUCCAUGUGUCAGAUGGAUUAAAACUGAACAUCGGGAUGGCUCCAGAAACCCCACUUCUGCUUGAAUCAUUGCCAGUUCCUAUAUUUAAUUGUGUCAUGGUCACGUUGAGGGUUCAAGUCUUAUUUGAGUAGUCCUGGUUAGUUCAGAUAGUGGCACCUGAACACCUUUGAAGUGACUUUUGCCAAAUCUCUCCUAGCUCUACCUUUGUGGGGUAUGGCUAGUAUCUGGCCUCUGCUUGAAAUGUGGUGCCGUUUUUCCAAGUGCCCUUAUUUUGCAAGGUAUAAAGAGUGUGGAGCUAUAUGGCUCCGAGCCAAGCAGUGAGUACCUGCAGGUGUUCAAGAGCCGUAAAUUAAUGCUGCCGGUAUUUGUCGAAUGGCACUAAUAUGAUGACGAUAGCAGGUGGUGCCCUUAAGCCAACCACUGCUCCCUGUGUGUGAUGAGUCUUAGAAAAGAGAGGCUCAGGGAAGUGGUUGCCUGUAGGGAGCACAUUCAUAAUAUUCUGGGUCCCAGGAGAGGAAGAAAUGCUUUUGCUUUUGAUGUGGGAAUCUUAUUAAACCUAUCUAUAGGGAAAAGGAUGUGGAAACCAAAUGCACCCUGUGAUAAUCAGUUUCUUGCAAUAUACUUGGGUAGGACUGGCUUCGUUUUUUUUUUAGCUGAAAUCAUUAGCUUCCAUUUUUAGUAUAACAACUAUUGCUAAGUUGAUCUACAGUUGGCCAUUAAGAUGGAUGUUCAAAUUAAAAACAUUUUUGGAAAAAAGCCUGGUUUGAGUCUUUGUUAGAAGCCUUUGGGCAGAGAUCUGGGUCACGCCUCUGUUUGCUUAUGAACUGUCCCUCCGGUGGCUUUGUUUCCAGACCCCUUACCCUGUUCCUGAAAUGGGAACACACAAGCCACCUUCUCUCUUGCAGGCUCCCCUGUGGGCCAAAGCUUUACUUUCUUGUCAUGUUAGGAAAUAAUAGAUUCAACUGUGAAAAUUUAUAAAGUGUUCUGUAUUUUUCCCUAUUCCUUAUAUUUUUAAUAAAAAAAUGAGGAAUAGGGAAAUAAGGAUUCCUCCAGGGCUUAAGGAAUCCUUCUGCCUCAGUUUCCCACAUAGCUGGGACUAUAGGUGUGAGCCACCACAGCCGGCUCACACCUAUAGAGAUGUAUGGGGGUCUUGCUGUUGUCCACGCUGACCUUGAACUUCUAGUGAUUCUCCCACUUCAGCCUUACUUGGAUUGAAAAAAGUGAUGGCAAAAAUACCAAUAAUGCAGUUUAAAAGUCGUCUCUGUAGCCAUUACAUUGUGAAUAGCACAAAGACUCAAGGAAGUACUCUUCCGUUAUUUGAAAACUACUAUCCAAGAUUUCUCCAAGUGAAGGUUUGACAUACAGCGUUGUUUCAUGUUUGCAUUAUCAUUACGGUAAACAAAACCAUCCACAUUCUUAUCAGAACUGUACUUGUUGAUCAAGUGCAACCACAGAUAACACAGGCUUGAUAAAAGGCAUUCUUUGAGAAUCAAUUGUCUACAGGGAAUUCACAGAAAAGAGGAUUGUAUUUUUUUUUAUUAUAAAUGUAAAUGGUGUGUUCCUCAUCUUUUGGAUCAAUAAAAUUUAUA